CAGAGCUGUGGGCUCCCGGGAAAUGGUCCUGCCAAAUGCGGACGCUGAGCUCCGCGGUACAGUUCUCGGCGCUCUGCCCUCAAGAACCCACUCAUCUGUAGGAGCCGCUGCUGCCUCAAGCCUGCCCGCAGAAGAGCUCCAACUGCCCUCCACCUGGGAACCCGUGUGGGGACCGCGCGCGCAGUGGUUUCCCACCUGGCCGCGCCGCCGCUUCGAAGUCCGGGAACAGGAAGGACUCCCGCGGUCUUCCAGGGCCGGCGGAGGCUGAGCGCUGCGGCCUGUCCCCAGACGGGCCAGCCCUUCCACGCACGCUGGCACCCUUUUGGCUGUCCCCAGUGUAUGCGGAGACCCGGCGUGGAAGAGCCCCUUUCAGGGGUAGCGUUCUACCAUGUUCCCGGUGCAGGCCCCUGGCAGCAUCCUGGGUGGCUUUCUAGUCUGCAUGUGGGCACAGCUUGUGGCACGAGGAAACCCGUACGGUGCAGGGGCGGCUCCCCUGGGAGGAGACCUGGCCAGUCUCGGGAGCCUGGGCCAUGACUACGGCUGCUGCUUCCUUACCUGGAGACCCAGAGGCGCCCCUUUCCUUGACAGUGCUUGCCCCGGGCUUUGGAGCAGUAGGAUCUGGAAGCUGGAGCCUCAGGCUGAUGAUGGUCAGAGUAACAAGAAACUUAAAACCAAAGGAACAAGGUGCCCAACAGAUCAUCUGGACUCUUCAGCCAUUUCUUUGAGGAGCUGCAACGCCGUAGAAGGGGGUGUCACUUGCUUUAAGGAGUACAGAAACCCUAGCCAUGGACAUGCCUCAUCCCACGAACCCUGCUCUGUAUCGUCUCACCAAGCACCUACUACAGAAAUAUCACAAGGCAGUGAGGCCAGUUCACGACUGGACUGAGGCCACCACGGUGUAUCUAGAUGUGCUUGUCCACGCCGUUUUGGAUGUGGACGCACAGAACCAAAAAUUGAAGACAAGUAUAUGGUACCAUGAGGUUUGGGAUGAUGAGUUUUUAUCCUGGAACCCCAGCAUGUUUGAUGAGAUUAGAGAGAUCUCUCUACCUCUAAGUGACAUCUGGGCGCCUGACAUCAUCCUCAAGGAGCUUGUGGACUUCGAAGGAUCACCCAACCUUCCGUAUGUCUAUGUGAACUCAUCUGGGACCAUUAAGAACUCUAAGCCUAUCCAGGUGGUCUCUGCAUGCAGUUUAGAAACCUACGCGUUUCCGUUUGACAUCCAGAACUGCAGCCUGACCUUCAGUAGUGCUCUGCACACAGUGCACGACGUCAACCUGGCCUUCCUGAGGAGCAGAGGAGACAUGAAGCAUGACAAGAAGGAAUUUUUGAAUGACAGUGAGUGGGAGCUUCUCUCUGUGUCCUCAUCGCACAACAUCCUACAGAGCUGUGCUGGAGAGUCUGCCCAGAUUCAGUUUCACGUGGUGAUUCGCAGGCGCCCACUGGUCUAUGUUGUGAGCCUGCUGAUUCCCAGCAUCUUCCUAAUGCUCGUGGAUCUGGGGAGCUUCUACCUACCACCCACGUGUCGUGCCAGGAUUGUGUUCAAGACCAGCGUGCUGGUGGGCUACACCGUCUUCAGGGUCAACAUGUCUGACGAGAUGCCCAGGAACGCACUGAGCACCCCUCUGAUUGGGGUCUUCUUCGCGGUCUGCAUGGCCUUCCUGGUUAUCAGCUUAUUUAAGUCCAUCCUGUUGGUCAGUUUCCUCCAUGACGAGUGGAGCGCCGGGCAGGAAUGGCCCCUCUUGUGCCUUCAAGGGGACACUGAUGCUGAUGGGCCUAGGACAGAUCCCAGAGCCCAGCUUGCUGGGGCAACAGAGCCCCCCUUCUGUCAAGAACACCAGGUCCAGCCAGGGACCAUGAAGGAGGUCUGGUUCCAGCUGAGGUCCAUCAGCACCUACUUCCAAACCUGGGAGCAGGCGGAGCAGCAGGAGGUUACGUGGCUGGCCCUCCUGCAGCGUUUUGACCGACUGCUCUUCCAAGCCUACGCCGUGGUGCUGGGACUCUACGCCGUCACCCUGUGCUCCCUGUGGGCACUGUGGGCCAGCUUGUGAACACCGGGGCCUGCUGCGCUCUCGACACGUGGGGCAGCCUCGAGGGUUUCCUUGGGGGUGGAGAUGGGGGCACAUGGGUUAACAAGCUCCUCACUUCUUAUUGCCUCUUGUCCUUCAGUGCAGGAGCUCACAGCUGAGGGGACACUGCAUGACCCAGGAUCAGGCAUUCUGGAAGAAAGUGCCCAGACAUCUCAAGGUCUACAGUGUAAAGGAAGCCUGCCUUCUUAUUCUGGUUCGCUCCCCCAGAGUGACCACCAUUAGCCAUCUCGUUCAGAACAUGCCUAGGUAUAUUACAUACAUUCAUGUUUUGAGGGUUGUUUUUUCUUUAAGCAAAAGACCACUUCAUUCCCCAGUUCUUUCUUGGUCAUUCAGUCAACCAUAAAAAUGUUUACUGACUGUCAGUUAAGUCCUAGGUGUUAUGUCAGGCACACCAGAGAGUACAAAAUCCAUCAGUCGCAGAUCAUUCUUCACUUGACUUGAUUCCCAGGGUCAACCUUGCACAAAGCAGAAUGCAAGAUUCACACCAUACA